AUGGUGUUGACACUCCAUGUGUGGGGUCCAGCCUUUGGUCUUCCAUCCAUCGAUCCUGCAUGCAUUGCUGCAGUAGCCUACCUCAACCGCACCGUCCCGCGCGACCGAUGGACGCUUGUAGCCGACUAUGACCCUGCACCUAGCCCUCAGGGGGAGCUUCCGCUGCUCGUGGAUGUCGAAAACAAGAUUACCGGGUUCACCAACAUAGUUUUUUACCUUCGCGAGAACUACUCCUACAACCUCGAUGCCAACCUAACCCCCAAACAACAACAGGACAGAACAGCGCUCAUCUCCUUCCUCGAAUAUACCGCAGGCCCGCUCGUCGACCUCUACCUCUACGUCUCCUCCGAAAACUACGGCACCACCACCUCCGCUGCGUACACCGCAAUCCUACCAUGGCACACCAACUACACCAUACCUCCCAAACGGCGCGAUCUAGCUAAAUCAAGAACGGCGCAUCUGGGCUUGAGCAGCCUAGACGUGGCCGAGGCAAGCGAAGACACUCGUGGCCCAGGCAGAGGCACCGCAACGUCCGAGUACGAAGCCGCGAAAAGAGCGGCCGGCAUUCCGUCUGAAGACCGCCCCCCAGCGCUUCACAUGGGACGAGGGAAGGGAGGUUUACUCAGUUCUCCAUUAUAUGCUGCGCGGUUCAAGCUCGAUGCCCUCUCGAACGAACUUUUACAGCCGUUGGCUGAUCAGCUGGGUACGAAAGACUACGUUCUUGGGGGAGAUGAACCGUCAAGUUGUGAUUCCCUGGUAUUUGGCUACUUGGCGCUGCUUCGAUAUGCGCCCGUGCCACAAGCGUGGGUCAAAGAGGCCAUACGACAAAAGUUUCCGAGAAUCGAUGUGUACAUCGAUCGCCUGCGGGGAGAAUUGCUGCAGAAUGAGAAGAUCAGUCCCGCAGAUGUGUGGUCAGUUGCUACGGGCAAAGCUGCGGCUAGCGACUUUGGCAUGCAACUGCCUUGGGUGAGCAGGCAACCUAAAGCGUUUCUUCCACAGUUUCGGGCAGUGGUACAUGAUGGCAUCUUGCCUCAUGCCCUUCAAAGCUCUCCAACCGUAAAGCAUGGUCAUCACAAUGCAUCAAAGAGUGCGGAUUCCUCACUCCCUAGCCCAUUUGCCAUCAACACGCUGGCCACGGUCACGACAGCCGUUGCUGUAGGACUCGCUGCGUUAGCGGUACAGCACAGAAGUUCACCACGAGACGGCCCAGUCAUCUUCUGGGCGCUUCGUCCUCUACAGCCCGUGUUCGAGGGGUUCGGUGUUGAGAGCUUCUUAAGUGCGCUGCCGAGAUGA